AUGAGAGAACAAGAUCUUGAUCCUGAUAUUGAUGAGAACACAGGCGAGUUUGAAGGUAUCACCCUCCAUUGUCUGGCCGGGGUGGUGAUUGGAGCUCAUCGUUGGGCCUGCCCGGUGUUGGCGCUCUCUCGCCCCUGGAACGGGCGUGAGCUAUCACCAAGUACGGCAUGCAAUACCGACCAAGCGAUCGAGUACAUCACAGGGCCUCGCUGCUGCAGCCCAAGCAAGAAGUACCGUGAAGAACAGUCUUGUAGCUCUACAGAUCAGUCUAUACCAAAUUCACUUGCCGGUUUCAUGAGAGCCGUUGAGUACCAUGAACAGAGUCAGGCCGUAAGUUUGACCAUGCCAUGGCAGCAAUGCUUGCAUCUGGCCUACGGUAGGAUGUACAAAGCGCACGACGAUCACUUUGAAUGGGACCAUUCAUGCAAGGAUGGGAAUCGGAUUCCCGUGUGUAAUUUAUGCUGUCAUUUGGCUGUAUGUUACUUAGCAAACGGCUCUCAGCUAGAAUUACCUCCUCGGAUUCAUCAGAAAGGAAGUAAGCGGCUGGAAUUCACUCCCACAAAAAAGGCUUAUCCAUGUGGCGGCAUUUCUAAGCGCCGCAAAAUGUUGAGGAGACUUGGACCUACGAAUUAA